AUGUCUUUGGUGCCAACACAGCAACCUCAUACCUUUGUUGACAACCGCGCAUCGCUGCACACUGCUUCCAACAUCGCGAAACUUGGUUCCGAGGCGACCCUAGACACGCUCCUCAGCUCUCCCAACUCUAUGGAACGAAGUGCUACGGAGUACUCGCAGUCAGGUUUGCCUUCGCCCUAUCCAAGCAACUUCGGCGACACCAAUUCUGAAGGUUCGAGGGCAGAUCACGCAUCUGCUGCGCAAUAUCCUGUCAAGCAGGAAGUCAACUACUCGACAUCGGCCACCCCCACCUCCGAGUACGGCGUUUAUCCUCAAACCGCCCGAUCAGGAUCUUUCCCAGAGCACGUCCAGCGUUCAUACCAUCCUGCAAGCAGCGCCAGCAGUGGAAGUAUGGCGCAACAACAGAACAGUCCGUCAAUGCCCCAGCAGGAUGGGCGUAGCCAUCAGACCCAUCCGGUCAAAUCUGACAACGAUGUUCCUAUAGAUCCGUCCAUCGCCGCCCCGAGCCCUACCUACGCGUCUUAUGGGCAGCAUUCUCCCUACGCGCCCAACCCAGACAUGACACACAGCUAUUCUCACCCUGGUGGCGGCAUGUAUGCCCAGCCUCGGCCAGACUGGGCUGGUUAUGGACAACACGGUGGUGCGCCGUUGACUCCUGGCCACCCAGUUUACGCCCAGAACGCAGCCUCUGCGCAGCCUCCUCAACGACCUAACCAGGUUUACUCUUUCGUCCCUAUUCCAGGCGCGCAGCAGCACAAGCGACCUCGGCGACGAUAUGAAGAAAUUGAGCGCAUGUACAAGUGUGGCUGGAACGGCUGCGAAAAGGCCUACGGUACACUGAACCACUUGAAUGCUCACGUCACCAUGCAGUCUCAUGGCCAGAAGCGAACUCCAGAGGAAUUCAAGGAGAUCCGAAAGGAGUGGAAGCAGCGAAAGAAGGAAGAAGAGGCCAACCGCAAGGCCGAAGAAGAGCGACAACGCCAGGCAGCGGCCGCGGCAGCUGCUCAAAAUGGAGGCCCCGACCCCCAAGGACCUGAUGGCACUCCUACCUCAUCCUACCCCGGCUCACGGCCUGUUCAGUUGCCUCCCAUCGGCUACCAACCUGCUCAGUACCCGCCUCCACCAUCGGCGGUUCCUCAACAGCCACUUCCCGAUUACAACAACAGCCAUAUGUACUCCAACUACCAGCCUCACUCGCCCUAUGCGCAACCUAGCCAGGGCAUUCCUUACCAAUCAAACGGCGCGCAACCCCCAAGCCACUGA